CAUACAGUCAUAUAGAUAUACUAGUCAUUCUAUUUGUAUAUGCCUCACUCCUACAAAUCAUUACAAUGAAUGCAUGAAGUCUAACCAUAGAUUGGAUGGCUAUAUGCCUAUGGUAUGGAGUAUCUAUGGCACAUUAUUGUUAAUCAUUGUAGGAGUGAGUAGAUCUAGAUGUAGGUCUAUAUAUUUAAUUUACAGUUAGACCUCAUGCAUUGUCAGAGUGGAUAGAGCUAGCUUUAGUAUAAAAACGAUGCAUGCGCAUGAGUUCAUCAUAUGAUCUAUCCGCACUCGAGUUGAGGCUGUGCGUAUCUAUCGCACAAAGCCAAUACACACAGCAUCAACGUGGGUGGAUAGAUCCUAUAGGCUAUACUAUAAUGAACGAAUGAAAACAUGCAUCAUUUGUUUUAUACAAUGAAACCCUGGUGUAAUGCGUUAUAACCUGACUCAUGGAUCCUGUCAAGUAUCGACGUAGUAGUAGAAGUAGAAAUAUCCAAGAACAUAACAUUUAAUGAUACAUAAAUCUGAACAUAAUCAUCAUUGUGAAGUAAGUGAGUGAUCUUAAUCGAGUCCAUAAACAAGAUACAACACUGAGUCCUUUACUUAGUAGUGUGGAACAUAAGGCAUGGUAUCAAUUAAUGAAAGCACACAAUUAGGCGUUCAGGAAAAAAACAUGGAGAGUUUGUCUGUGAGGGGAUUCAACAUUGAGGACCUAGAAAUGAGGCAAAGAAAUUAAGUAGAUUUAAAUCUAAUUUCAAUGUUUAAACCAAAAUCUAUGAAUAAUAAACAAAUGUGUUGUAUAUUUCAAUGUACUUUUUCUGAAAAAAACUGACGUAAAAGUGCAUAUAUUGAUGAUAUACAUGUAUGUUAUGCGCAUUUGAUAUACACUCCUUAAAUCUAGAUUAUAGCAUAUCCAUUUAUAUUCUAUAUACUAUGCCGUUUAAUUUAUCAAGCUAUAUUCAACAUUUGUCUACAGAUCAGCAUGGAUUCUAUUGCUGCCAGUGCUGCUUCUUCAACCUUGAACGAUGAUCCUGAGGAAAAUGUCCCAUUGUCCAGAUUGAAAGGAGACCAGCGAACAUUGACUUCCACCUCCGAAGUCAUCGAGGAGGAGGAGGAUAAGAUAUUAUCUUCAAGAUUGAAAGGAACAGACCAGCUUUCACCUAGUCCCAGCCUAAAAGUUCCCCCCAAAACGAACAGCUCAACAGUUUCAGGUGACGCCCACAUCGAAAUGGAUGAAUUUCAGGUUAUCACCACUGGCGGCAGAGCAGUUACACCUGGUAGCUCAUCUAAGCUUGACUCUGCUGACGUGACACCUGGUAGCUCAUCUAAACUUGACUCUGCUGACGUGACACCUGGUAGCUCAUCUAAGCUUGACUCUGCUGACGUGACACCUGGUAGCUCAUCUAAGCUUGACUCUGGUGACGUGACACCUGGUAGCUCAUCUAAGCUUGACUCUGCUGACGUGACACCUGGUAGCUCAUCUAAGCUUGACUCUGCUGACGUGACACCUGGUAGCUCAUCUAAGCUUGACUCUGCUGACUUGACACCUGGUAGCUCAUCUAAGCUUGACUCUGCUGACGUGACACCUGGUAGCUUAUCUAAGCUCGACUCUGCUGACGUGACCAUUGUCACAGAAGUUCCUCUGUGCAAUGAAGAGCCAAUGGAGCUGGAUGAUGACGAGAUCAACAUGGAUCCAACCACUGACAUUCUGGUCCAAUGGGAUGAUGGAAGUAAAAAUGUGGUGGUCCUCGGUGAUAUCAUGUGCAAUCAGUCAGCACCAAAGAAGGGAUCACAAGUCAGCAUGCCUUGGCGCAAGGUGACAUGGCAUGGGGUGGUGUUAGCUGUUGCUGACAGUGCUGCCUCGUCAACUUCAGACGAUGAGGAGGAGGAUAAUAUUCCACUGUCAAGAUUGAAAGGAGCAUACCAGCUAGCAUUGUGUUCCACCUCUGAUGAUCAAUAUGAUGAGGAAGAAAAUGUCCCGUUGUCAAGAUUAAAGAGAGCAUACCAGCUUUCACCGUGUCCUAGCCCAACAGUUCCCCCAAGGAUGAACAGCACAAAAGCUACCGAUGACGCCCACAUCAAUAUGGAUGAAUUUCAGGUUAUCACCACUGGCGGCAGAGCAGUUACACCUGGUAGCUCAUCUAAGCUUGACUUUGCUGACGUGACACCUGGUAGCUCAUCUAAGCUUGACUCUGCUGACGUGACGCCUGGUAGCUCAUCUAAGCUUGACUCUGCUGACGUGACACCUGGUAGCUCAUCUAAGCUUGACUCUGCUGACGUGACACCUGGUAGCUCAUCUAAGCUUGACUCUGCUGACGUGACACCUGGUAGCUCAUCUAAGCUUGACUCUGCUGACGUGACCAUUGUCACAGAAGUUCCUCUGUGCAAUGAAGAGCCAAUGGAGCUGGGUGAUGACGAGGAAAUCAAUGUACCCGUCAAUGAUUUUCAGCCCGAGAGUGUGUCAUCGAGGUCCAACUCUACCCAGAAAGAAAAAGUGCAAAUUCCAGGACCAGUUCACAGCGUCUCACAUGCCCAUACUGGAAAAGAGCACCCCCAAAUAUGUGAGAAGAGCAAAGCAAGGAAAAGGGUUGCUCAGCCUCAGGAAUGGCAGCAAAACAUCCAAAAAACUAAGCGGAUCCAUGGUCAACCCUACCAUUCACGAAAUGGAGAGGCACGUGAUGCACGUAAGGUUGGAGAACCAUGUAAGGAUUCGUGUAAACUUAGGUGCAAAGAUAAUUUCAACCCUGCUCAGAGAAAGGCAAUUUUUGAUCAGUAUUGGCAGUGUGGCUCUUUUGAGCGCCAAAGAGAUUUCAUUUGUGAGAAUGUAUUUGAUAAGCAGGGUAGUUCAGGCAAGAAAAAAAAUAAAACAUACCUUCUCCCAACAAAUAAUGGUAAGCAGAAUGUGUGUCACUUGUUUUUCCUGAGAACUCUAUCUAUUUCUCAGAAGACUGUUCUCUACACAUUACAGAAACGAGAUGGGGCAUUUUCAGCCAAAGAUAGAAGAGGUAGACACCAACCUUCAAACAAAACAAGUAAUGAUGACGUGAACGCUGUGAGAGAUCACAUAAGGCAGUUUCAGGUCAUUGAAUCGCAUUAUUGUCGUGCAUCCACUUCCAGGCAAUAUUUGCCUGCUGACUUGAGUCUACAGAAAAUGUAUGACAUGUAUGCUUCCCAAACCCCAAUUCCAAUAUCUAUCAAGGUUUAUCGUAGGGUCUUUAAUACUAAUUUCAAUCUAGGCUUUCAUCCUCCAAAGAAGGAUGAAUGUAAGACUUGCUCUUGCUUUAGCAAUAGCAACGCAGAGGAAAAAGAAUCAAUGGCAGUUGCAUUUAAUCAACAUCUGAAGAACAAGGAAAGAGCAAGACAAGAAAAGAAGAGUGACAAAGAGAAGGCCCAGACUUGCCCAAACAGUGCUGCCUUCACGUUUGACCUACAGCAGGUUCUCAGCUGCCCAUCUGCCCAAACAUCAGUACUAUUUUAUAAACGUAAGUUGUCUUCAUACAACUUGACAGUGUACAGUCAGGCAGAUAGUGAGGUACAUUGCUAUAUGUGGAGUGAGGUUGAUGGGAAUCGAGGUGCCUGUGAAAUAGGCUCAUGUCUGAUCAACCAUCUUCUCUCUCAACCUGAAAGUGUGACGGAUGUUUCACUUUUCAGUGAUUCAUGUGCAGGCCAGAACAAGAAUAAGUAUAUUGCUGCUGCAUUAUUACAUAUUGUUCGGACUUCUUCUAUCAAUGUCAUAGAUCAGAAGUUCUUGGAGUCGGGACACACUCAGAUGGAAGUUGACUCUGUUCAUAGCACCAUAGAACAGGUCAAACGUAAGGUCCAGGUACACCAUCCAGAUCAGUGGCCUAUGGUUGCAUCCAUGGCACGUCCAAAACAACCUUACCAUGUGAAGCAGCUCAGGUUUGGUGAGUUCUUCGACUUGAAGAAACUUGCUGCAGAGAUUCUGCACAACACCCAGAGAGAUGUGUCUGGAGAUAAAGUGCAGUGGACUAAGAUGAAGCACUUGAGGUAUGAGAAGAGUUCUCCUCUUACCAUCAAAUUCAAGUAUGAUUUCGAUGAGGAGUUUCAUGAGGUGAAGGUCUCUGCAUCUGGCAGGAGGAUGAAGAAUUCCCAACUUGAAGCACUCUAUGAUUCACAGCUUCCGAUAAGUGCAGCAAAGAAGGUUGAUCUGGUGAACUUGUGCAAUAUGAAUGUAAUUCCUAGUGUUUACCAGAGCUUCUACAGAGAUCUACCUGAUGGAGAUGGUCACCGCAAUUGUGAAGAAUAAUUCACUUUAUUCUGUCUUCCUUGAUUUUUACUCUAACUUUUCAGUCUUCUGUUUCAUUUACAGGAUUAUAUUCACUGCCUGUAAUAUGUUGACGGUUUUGAGGUAAGUAAAAAAGAAAGCUGAUGCUUUUGACUUAGACACUUGACUUGAUCAAAUGUCAUUGUUUGAGUUGUAAGCAAAACAUUGUUUUAUUUAAACGAUAAAGCUGCCAACAGAGAAAGCUAACAAGACUUUUCAGAGUUCUGAACUUGGAGGCUAUAUGUUAGGAUGUUUGUGACCAAUACUAAACACAAAAGCUCUUUUUAGAGCUGUAUGUACAAUGAUGUACACACAAACUUUUUUUGAGAGCGCUGAUAUAAUCUGUUCUCAUGGUUUUGUACACAAAAGCUCUUUCAGAGCUAUAAAAUGUACAGAAAUGUACAUAACAGCUCUUUUCAGAGCUACAUACAUGUUCAGUAAUAAACAAAAGCUCACGUUAGAGCUAGAACGUGCUCAUCACAGAAUACAAAAAGUUCUUUUAAGAGCUACCAUGUUGUAUUUUCUGUCGUGAGCGUGUGCUACAGUUUCACUUAUUGUAAUACUUUUUUUAAAUAUUGCCUUUCAUAAUGCUGAAAUAUUGGUCAAUCCAUUUUCUCUUUUGCUAACAUACUGCACAGUACGUUAAAUGCAGAAUACAAAAAGUUCUUUUAAGAGCUACCAUGUUGUACUUUCUGCCAUGAACGUGUGCUACAGUGUUACUUAUUGUAAUACUUUUUUAAAAUAUUGCCUUUGAUAAUGCUGAAAUAUUGGUCAAUCCGUUUUCUCUUUUGCUAACAUAUUUACUGCACAGUACGUUAAAUGCAAAAUACAAAAAGUUCUUUUAAGAGCUACCAUGUUGUAUUUUCUGCCAUGAACGUGUGCUACAGUGUCACUUAUUGUAAUACUUUUUUUAAAUAUUGCCUUUAAUAAUGCUGAAAUAUUGUUCAAGUAUUUUCUCUUUUGCUAACUUACUGCACAGCAUGUUAACUGCAGAAUACAAAAAGUUCUUUGAAGAGCUACCAUGUUGUACUUUCUGCCAUGAACGUGUGCUACAGUUUGACUUUAUAUUGUCAUACUUUUGUUAUAUUGCCUUUAAUAAUGCUGAAAUAUUGUUCAAGUAUUUUCUCUUUUGUUAUUACUGCACAGUACGUUAACUGCAGAAUACAAAAAGUUCUUUUUAAGAGCUACCCUGUUGUACUUUUUGCAAUGAACGUGUGCUACAGUUUCACUUAUUGUCGUACUUGUUUUUUAUUUUGGCCUUUGAUAAUGCUGAAAUAUUGUUCAAGUAUUUUUCUUUUGUAAACUUACUGCACAGUUUUUAAAACUAUCUACAUAUUUAUUGUGAUUUCUACAUUUUCUUUAGUGCUUUUAUUUUUAUAUGUACAAUGGCAAACAAGAACAUUUUAAUUACUUUGAAGGAUUAGAAUAAUAGGUACUUUGAACAUGAGCUGUAAAAAAAUAUUUCCAAUUAUUAUGCAUUGAAUAGAAUCCAGCAAAGAUUGUAGAAUAUGAAUACAAAAGCUCAUUUUAGAGCUAGAACAGGUUCAACGCAGAAUACAAAAAGUUCUUUUAAGAGCAUUCUGCCAUGAACGUGUGCUACAGUUAAAUAAGUUCCAAUUUUGAUAUGCAAACAUCAUUGAUAAUGAUUUAUCAAUUUUCAGGGCUUAAAUUAAUCCAAGGCCACCAAGGCUAUGGCCUUUGAUGCCCCUUUGAUUGGCCUCAA